AUGCAAGAAGAUUCUCUACUGAAGAUUCCUUUAUUAAAAUCGCUUAAAAAUCUUAUGCUUACCUUAAAAGAUCCUGAUUAAAUAUAGGAUAAAGGUAUAAGUUUUAUAUAAAUAAAUAGUUCUAAAUAUGUAAUAAGACAAAGAUAAAUUAAUUAUAUAUAUCGAUAAUAAGGUUUGA